AGUUGGGGAACUUCCAUAGGAUUUACUCAGCCCUGCUUUCUCUCCUUUCCCUUAUCUGUUUAUUUUCUUCUAACUGGCUGCACUAUAUGCAUUUCCCUUCUCUCAAAACCAACCUCUUCCUUUCCAAUGGCCAGCCGUUCUUCAGUGAUAAUUUGUAGGUGAAAGAAGGUAGAAAAAACAUGGGACGUGCUGGUAAGGCUUUGAGGGUUCUGUUUGGAGUUAUUGUGUUUGUGGGGGUUAUUUGGUUUUUGUUUGCUGGUAUCAUAGCAAACCAUGUGAGUACAACAAAGACAAUGAAGAUGGUGUCCCCAACUAGGAAUUUCAAGCACUGGAAUUUUGUUGCAGAAGAUAGGCAUCCUCUCCAUCAUGAUUUCAAUCUCAAUUAUGUGAGCAGGAGAAGAGUACCCAAUGGACCUGAUCCCAUUCACAACAGGAGAGCAUCCAAGUCUAGACAACCACCAGGGCGAAUAUGAUUUGAGGUUAAAGAAACUCAAGUUUUGCACUUGUCACGGAAGACCCUCCUGCAAAAAAUGUUGUUAAAUUUUAGAUGCUAUGUCAAUCCCAUGAAGGUUUGUUCGAUUUAUAUAUGAUUCAACCAGUAGUUCUCCAUUACAAGAUGGUUUUCUUGGAUUUCUUGUUCAUCUAGUUUUGAAGGUGACAAGCAAAAGAAUUGAUGGACAUUCAAGAAUCAAGAAUACUUUUGGAGUUGUCCCACCAGUAUUUCCUUGUUUCCUUGCUAGUGUUCUCUUGGAUAUCAUAAGAGAGUUUAUGGCUAGGGGUUUGCUUGGCAUGAGAAAACAAAGCCAAUGAAAUGCUUGUUAGGAA